GGUUGAUAAAAUUUUGAUAAAAGAGAUCCACAACUUUGACAAGAUAAGCUCUCCUUACUGUGAUCUAUAAAAGAACGCAUUUGUAACACUACUUCCAAAUGAUAUCUAACAGCUUCAAGCCUAGAUAUAUGUGAAGAAAUAGGGUCAAAACAAACCUCAAGCGUUCAGGCAGUCCCGUAGAAGGGUCUUCUGCGUUCCAUAAGGCCGAGUGUCAGUGCCCUGGAAAAAUUCGCUGAGUCGUUGCAUUUGUUUCUAGAAGCUUUGGUGCACAAUGAGAGAUUCCUAUUUACUGCCUUCAGCCGUAAAUCUGGUUUCGGUCCCACCAAAACAAUCCAUAUCAAAGUCUAUGGGAAUGGGUGAGAAGAAUUCAAUUUUAUGGGAGAGAUUCCGGUCCCGUAGUUUUCAAUUGGACCUGUUUUGGAUGCUCCCACUGCGAACAGCAGUGGUGCUGAUCUUUGCGCUACUAAAGCCAUAGGGCAUAUCCGCUUGACAUAAGCUGACAAUUUUUGAGUGCCAAUUAGAGAAGGCAUGGGGCAGUGGACUCCGAGUGGGUGGUAGAUCCUGAGUUAUAUUCAGGGCUUUUGCAUGGUUUCAUGAAAGGUCACUUUGCAGACCUUGGGGAUUUAAUGCGUAAGAUCCAUUAGAGUCCACGUUGAAGCAAGUUUAAAAUGUGCAUCUGACUUGAAGGGCUGGACCGGGUAGAUGAAGCCCUCCUCCUGUCUGACGUUAGAAAUAUUCGUCCUUCCUUGUGGCUGGCUCGCUGGCUGGCUGGAGGUGACAUGGGACCUUGAUGGGUGGAUUGGAGUGUCGCCAGCCAUCUUCCUCGCAAUGUCCGGAACCAUUCUGCACCCUCGUCAUGGCAUGUCGUUGGCUUUUCACAAUCAACCACCGCCCUUGCGAGAUAAAAUAUUCACCCUCACGACUUUCUAAAGAAAUGCGUCCGGCCGUGACAUUUGUCAAUGGAUAUAAUCUCUAGACUAGAUGUCGUCGGUCCAGAUGGGUUGCGGAUUCGUGGAGAUGUGACACGGGCAAAAAGGUGGGACGAAACCCAACAUACGACUCGCAGCGCGGUAAAUCCCACCAAUUGUCCACUCGGCCGACUUGCAAAUUGUCUCCCUUCUCAUCCGAAAAGUCAUCGUCAUUGCACUCUUCGAUCCGAAAAACGUCAUGCACAGAAUCACGCGGAUAUCAGGCGCAGCGAGGGUCAAGCAGCAGCAAAGAGACUAUCGGUCGAGGUCCUCGUUCCACUCCCCGAACGGGAGUCGUCGGCGAUGGAGGCUCGACCUCGAGGGCAGGCCAGACGGUGAACGAGCAGGAGAAGGGCGAGCAGCAGUGCCCGCCGUCGUCGUCGUCGUCCCUCGUCCUCCUCCUCGUCCUCCUCCUCAUGCUGACCCGAUCCCGCACAAGAGAGGCAAGGCGCGUACAUGGAGCGUGGAGCGUGGAACGUUGGACUGCAAGAAAGCGCGGCCACUGGAGCGGGCUUCCAGUAAACAGAGACGCUCCCCGGUCACGGACCUUGUGCGUUCUGCUGCUGCUGCCUGCUUACCGGCUCGAGGCACCAACCGGUGCCCGGGCCGGGCAAUUAUAGGCUAA